AUGCAAUCACCUAGACCUCGAGAACAUUAUCAUAAGCACAAAGAAAGAAAACAAGAAGAUGAGAGUCCAACCACGACAACAGAAGAAGACAAAGAAGGAGAAGAAGAAGUCAAAAAACAAAUAGGUGAUAUAUUCGAGUCAACAACGCCUUUAACAACAGUUAAAAAUAAAAAACGUGUACAUUACCCUCAAAUUAACGGAGAACGGAGUGUGACGACGGAUAGUCUUCAGAAAAAUCACGAAACUUCUUCAGUUGAUCUGUAUUCCAAAACAAUAAACGGCCGUUCGAAAAAGCCGACAACCGGUGAUCAUGUAAUUCCAAUCGAAAGCGAACGUCGUAGUUGUUGUUGUUCAAUACCUGAAUCAUUACGUCGACGUUUACAAAAUUCUUUAGCACCAUGGAAAGAAUUUAUUGAAUAUCAAUCAAAUUGGAGUUGGGUUAUAUUAGUUGCAUCAUUUUUAACAUAUUCAAUAGGUGAAGCUUUAACAUCAGUUUUUCCAAUAUUAUUUGUUGCAUUACAAGAUGAAUUUCCUGAUCAAGGUUCAUCACGUGUUGCUUUAGUACAAUCAAUGAUGAAUGCUGUACCAUGUUUAGCUGGUCCAAUAGCAUCAAUAACAACAACAAGAUUUGGUUAUCGUAAAACAGCUAUGCUUGGAGGAUUUAUUGGUUCAUUAUCAUUAUUAGCAACAUCAUUUGCUCGUCGUCUUGAAUUACUUUAUAUAACAAUGGGUGUAUGUUAUGCAUUUGGAAAUUCUUUAGUACUUGUUGCAACUGUUGUUGCUGUAACUGAACAUUUUGAAGCAAAACCAUCAUUUGCAUCUGGUGUAACAAUAAGUGGUGGAGCAUUUGGUCAAUGUGUAUUUGCUAUUGUAUUACAAAAAUUAAUUGAUAAAUAUGAUUGGAAUGGUGCAAUGAUGCUUUUUUCUGGUAUUGUGUUAUCUAUUGUUGCAUUUGCUGCUCUAUUUCGAGAAGUUGAAUGGGAUGAAGAAGAUUAUGAUGAAGAAGAAGGUGAAGAUGAAGAAAUUGAAAAUGGAAAUGAAACAAUGUCAACAGCAUUAUCACCUUCUGAACAAUCAGAAAAUCCUGUUGAAACUACACAUUCUGCUAUAACAAAUCAAGAACAAGAAGAAAAAAUUAUAAAUCCAACAUCAAAUAUUCCUCUACCUGGACAUAGACCAUCAAUAACAGACGAUAUGUUUUUUUAUGAUCAUUUUACUAAACAAGAAUUAUUAGAUCAAUAUUCUAAAUCUGAAAUAUGUUUACCAUUAGCUGUUCGUGAACAUUUAGAAGAUGAAUAUCGUCAACAUCGAAUAGAACAAGAAGAAAGAAAUUUUGGUGAACCUAUAUUAUCUUCAUCAACAACACAACUUGAACAGACAGAUGAAAUUCAUCGUGCAACUGAAGUACCAACUAUUGGAGAACGAUCAAAUAGUUGCAAGGAUUUGCUUUUGACUGAAACAACUCCAUUAACAAGUGAUAAACCUAUUCGUUCAAUUGUACCAUCAACAACAACAACAACAAAUAAUUCUCGUAAAGCUCGUUCACAUAAUCGUCGUCAACAUCGUUCAUCAACAAAUACUCCUCAUGAUAAUAAACAAUUAAUAAUAUAUUAUCCGUUUCAUCGUCAACAUCACAAUAUACCAAUAGUAGCAGGUGGUAGUACACGUCCGCAUUCCUCACAUCACCAUCAUCAUCAUCAUCAUCAUCAUCAUUCUUUACAUUGUAAUCGAGGAAAUCUUUCACAAUUAGCAUUAUGUUCAAAAAAUAUAUAUAAUUAUGAAAGUGUAUUAAAUAUAUGUAAAUUACAAUCAUUACAUUUUUCAAUUGAUCGUAGUUUAAGUUUACCAAAUUUAUAUUCACCUAUAUUAGCUGGUAAAAAACGUCAUCGUUCAUUAACAGUAUCAAGAAAUAUAGAAGAUUAUUUAAAAGAAGAAGAAGAAGAAGAUGAAGAUGAAAUAGAAAAAAAGAGUUUUUUUGAACAAAUUUGUCAUGAUGUAGGUAAAUUAUUACGUGUUUUACGUAUAUUACCAUUUUUAUUACUGUGUAUAUGUGUUACAAUGAUAACAAUUUUUUAUGAUGCAACAUGGACAUUUCUUAUUGAUUAUAUGAAAAAAAAUGAUUUAUCAGCUGAAAAAGGUUCACAUUUAAUUUUUUCUGUUGGAAUAGUAGCCAUUUUUGGUGAAAUUGGUUAUGGAUAUAUGGGAGAUUCUAAAAGGAUUUCACCACUUCAUGUAUAUGCUUGUUCAUUGUGUCUGGCCGGUCUUUCUCAAUUACUCAUUCCACUUGUCAUUAAAUCUUAUUCAAUUUUAAUGCCACUUAUGGUUUUUACUAGUUUUUUACAAAGUGCACAAGAAGUAUUAAUGCCAAUAUUAUGUAUUAAAUUUGCUGGUACACAAAAUUUUACCAAUGCUUAUGGUAUGUUACUUCUUUGUCAAGGUAUUUCAUCAUUAAUCGGUCCACCAGCACUUGGUAAGAAAUAA